AUACAAAAACCUCACAACAGAGUAAACGAAGUAAAACAAAAACUCAAAAUUUCUGAAUUUUUUUUCCUUGAAUGGUUGAUCGAAGAUGGAGGCAUUGAACGAGCUUUGCGACAUCAUAGAGCAAAAUCCGAAGCAAUUUUUGGAUAAGCUUCUUUGGAUAUGCCAACAAUGUCCGCAGCCGAACCUGCUUCGUGCCGAAUCGCCCAGGGUUUCUCAGAGUCAUCUCAACGCGGUCUUAUCCGUCGCUCGAAUCCUCUCCAGGAACCUCGACACAGCCCAAAACCACGCCAAAUUCGUCGUGUUAGAUUUCCUCCGGGCUCUGCGUUCGUCGUUUCACCGUUCGUUCUGGCCGUAUUCGUACACGUUGGAGUCGAUUUCGGCGUUCUAUUGCGGUUUCUUAGGUUACGUUUCGUGUCUUUCACUGGAAUUUGGUAAUAUUGCUGUGGACCUUGUUUCGAUGAGUUGUGGCGAGAGUGACAGGGAUCAAGCGAUCUCUAUGGCUUUCUUGGUUGCUGUUUCCCAGAAUUUUCCCUCUAUUCAGCAGUCUGAUGGGGAUAAACUGAUUACAGUGCUGCUCCAUCAGUUUUCUGAGGUGAUUAGUGUUGAUGAGCAUGUGUUUACACAGAAAGUGGCUUCAUUUGAGGAUGAAUCCAUUGAGAGUUUGGAGAAGCAAGAGAUUGCUUUCAAAUUGGUAACCAAUGUUUUGGGUAAAGUGAAGCUUGAUUCUAAACUACACCUUUUGGUGAGAUCCAUAGCUAAGAGGCAGCUCCAAUCAAUGUCUGUGUUUCUUAAGUCAAGAAGGCAGGACUGGAACACACAAGACCCACUUCUAGAAACUAGAGUCAAUGCCAAACUGUUUGUUUAUCAGGCCGCAGCUCAGAUUGAAAUCGCAAGUCUUAUGUCCCUUGAAACAGAUGGAAAGAAGAGAUUGAUCCUGGAAGCUCUUACAUUGCUAAUAGCUAAUGCAGAGUCCUGCUUGACAUCCUUGUGGCGGAAAAUGAAGGCCUGCAAAGAUUUGUUCAGCUCUCUACUUUCUGGGAUUGUAAAUAUUGCAGUGGCAGAGGGAGGACAGCCACUUCGUCUUUUGCUUCUCCGACUUAAACCACUGAUACUAGCUAUCUGCGCACAGCCUGAUACUUGGGUGAGCAGUCAGGGGAAUAUGUUUGAGAGCGUAUUUAAAAUAAGUUGUGAUAUUGUUGAAUCUGGUUGGGCUAGGGAUCAAGCUUCAGUGGGCACCUUCAUCGUGGGGUUAGCCUCAAGUAUUAUUGAAAGAUAUGAUUAUGAAGAGCAGGGUGAUAGAGAGAAGCAAGUUCGAACUUUGAAUCUAAUACAGCUGCUUGCUGAUAUCAGCGUUGCGGUUAAAAAGCCUGAAGUAGCAGACAUGAUUUUCCCAAUUUUGAUUGAAAGCCUAGAAGAGUGUGAUGCUUCAACUCCUCACCCUUUGCGAAACCAACUUCUUAACGUUGUAUCUCGGAUAGCAUCAUUAGGAUUUGAGAAGUCCUACUGUCAGGCAGUAGUUCUGAUGACUAGAAGUUACUUCAGCAAAAUAUCGAGGGUAGAAUCUGUGGAAAGCAACACAUCAUCCCCAAAAUCCAGAUCUGAAUACAUUGAGACUCUUACUGCAGGUUUUCUUACAAUUGCUAUUGGUCUUGCGAAGACAAAACUGCGUGCAGACUAUCGCCAUCGGCUGCUUUCCUUAUGUUCAGAUGUAGGCCUUGCUUCUGAGUCCAAAAGUGGCCGGAGCGGUGCAGAAUUUUUAGGUCCCCUUCUUCCUGCUGUUGCGGAAAUAUGUUCGGAUUUCGAUCCUACUUCAAAUGUGGAACCAUCACUUAUAAAAUUGUUUCGCAAUUUAUGGUUCUAUAUAGCUCUUUUUGGCUUAGCACCUCCUAUUCUAAAAGCUCCGCUGCCGGAAGUGAAAACAACCUUCAAUUCAGUGAGCAGUACAGGACAAAUUAACACAUUCGCUCUACGAGCUGUAGUAGGGCCUUACAUGUGGAACACCCAGUGGGCUCUUGCUGUUAAGAGGAUUUCUCAGGGCACUCCUCCCCUUGUCGUCAGUUCUGUAAAUUGGCUGGAAGAAGAAUUAGAGCUCAGUUUGCUUCAUAAUUCUGAUAGGCUGCAUGGAACUGGGAAUAAGAAAAUAGCUUCAAGUCAGAGAACUGCUCUUUCAAUUGCCUUGGGUGGUCGAGUUGACGUUUCAGCAAUUAUCACUAUCUCAGGUGUGAAGGCCACCUAUCUUCUUGCAGUAACUCUCUUAGAGGUCAUACGUUUUAUUAGCAACGGGGGUAUCCUAAAUGGUGGCUCAAGUGUGUCUGCUUCUCGAAGUGCCUUUAGUUGCAUCUUUGAAUACCUAAAAUCUCCAAACCUCAACCCUGCUGUUUCCCAGUGUUUAACAGCAAUUGUGCAUAGGGCCUUUGAAGCAGCAGUGUCAUGGCUGGAAGAUCAGAAAUCUUGUACUGGGAAUGAUGCUAGUAUUAGAGAUUCCACGACAGACGCACAUGCAUGUUUCCUCAUAAAGAGUAUGUCACAGAGAGAUGAACACAUACGAUAUAUCUCUGUGAACCUGUUGCUUCAGUUUAGGGACAAGUUUCCCCAGGUCCUCUGGAGUUCGUCUUGUCUUGAUUGUUUGCUAUUUUCUGUUCAUGACAAUACACCUUCAAUGGUCGUCAAUGAUCCUACCUGGAUUGCUGAUGUUCGAUCUUUAAACCAGAAAGUUGUUCGAGAAUGGAUCAUAAUAUCACUUUCGUAUGCUCCAUGCACUACUCAGGGUUUACUUCAGGAUAAACUGUGUAAGGUAAACACAUUGCCGCGAACUCAAACUGCAACAGAUGUAAUUUCUCUUCUAACUGAGAUAAAGAUUGGAACUGGGAAAAAUGAAAUUUGGUCUGGCAUAAGAACAGGAGAUAUUCCAGCUGUGAUGGCUGCAGCAGCUGCAGCAUCAGGGGCAAACUUAAAAGUUUCUGGCGCUUUUAACCUGGAGGUACUCAGUACUGGUGUAGUUAGUGCAACAGUAAAGUGCAACCACACAGGACAAAUUGCUGGCAUGAUAAGGUUGGAAAACAGUAUCGGUGGAUAUCCGAUCAAUGAAACGUUGAUUUCCAAUUCUGUGCGACUCCUUCAACAAUGUGUUAGUACUGCUGAGAAAGGAGGAGAGGUGGAAAAGUCGCAAUUUCGUGAAACUUGUUCUCAAGCUACUGCACUACUUCUGUCAAAUCUGCAAGCCAGUGAGCUGAUGACAACUAUCAAAGGCUUCUCUCAAUUACUGCGUCUUCUUUGUUGGUGUCCAGCUUAUAUUUUAUCUGCAGAUGCCAUGGAAACUGGAGUAUUCAUUUGGACCUGGUUGAUUUCCGCUGCUCCACAACUAGGAUCACUUGUCAUUGCCGAGCUUGUGGAUGCAUGGAUAUGGACAAUUGAUGCAAAACGAGGACUCUUUGCAUCCGAUGUGCGUUACUGUGGCCCAGCUACAAAUUUAAGGCCCCAACUUUACCCUGGAGAACCAGAAAGUCCACCUGAAAAUGAUCAUGUUGAUCAAAUACUUGCUCACAGACUAUGGCUUGGAUUUUUGAUAGAUCGGUUUGAGGUUGUUCGACAUAAUAGUGGGGAGCAACUCUUGCUACUUGGUCGGUUAUUACAACUGAGUACGAAUCUUGACUGGUGCUUUACCCGACACCCGGCAGCAGCUGGUACCUUUUAUUCCUUGAUGCUCUUUGGACUGAGGUUCUCCUCAUGCCAAAGACAAGGCAAUAUGCAGAAAUUUAGACAUGAACUCCAGCUAUUGGAAGAUAGAAUUUACAGGACUUCUUUAGGCUGGUUUGCUCGCCAGCCAGAGUGGUAUGAUGUAAACAUUCCGAACUUUUGUCAUAGUGAGGCUGUAUCGGUUUCUCUUUUUGCUCAUUUUUUGUCAAAAGAACAAUCAGAUUCCAAAGGAAUAUCUCGUGACAUUGAUGUGAUUGAUCAGUAUCAUCCUGUCUGGGGUGAAAUGGACAACUAUGCAGUGGGAAAGGACAAGAGGAAACAACUGCUUCUAAUUCUUUGCCAACACGAAUCUGAUAGGCUUGACGUUUGGGCAAACCCAAUUAGUCCAAAGGACAGUCCAUAUUCACAGCUGAAAAUAAGCUCUGAGAAAUGGAGAGAAUAUGCUAAAACGGCCUUUUCAGUAGAUCCCCGGAUUGCUAUAUCAUUACCUUCAAGAUUUCCCACAAAUAUUGCUUUGAAAUCUGAAGUCAUUCAGCUAGUUGAGGCUCAUAUAGUAGAUCUUCGUACAAUUCCUGAGGCGUUGCCAUAUAUUGUCACACCUACAACUGUGAAAGAAAACUCUGUCCUGUUGCAGCAGCUGCCACACUGGGCUGCUUGUUCAAUUACACUGGCUCUUGAGUUCCUCACUCCUGCUUAUAAGGGGCAUCCACGUGUCAUGGCAUAUGUCCUGAGAGUUUUAGAGUUCUACCCCCCUGAGAGAGUCACUUUCUUCAUGCCACAACUAGUGCAGUCUCUGCGUUUUGAUGAAGGGAGGCUGGUGGAAGGGUAUCUUCUUAGAGCUGCCCAAAGAAGUGACAUAUUUGCUCAUAUCCUCAUUUGGCAUUUACAGGGUGAGUCUGUUCAGGAAAGAGUGAAGGAUGGUGCUUUCGAUAAGAAUGUAUCAUUCCAAGCAAUCUUGUCUGAGGUUCAACAGCAUAUAGUUGAUGGUUUCACUCCCAAGGCGUUGGACUUGUUCAGUAGAGAGUUUGACUUCUUUGAAAAGAUCACAUCUAUUUCCGGAGCAUUAUUUCCUCUUCCAAAGGACCACCGAAAAACUGGAAUCAGGAGGGAAUUGAAAAAAAUCAAAAUGCCGGGAGGAGAGCUUUAUUUACCGACUGCUCCUAACAAACUCGUCAGGGGUAUUCAGGUAGACAGUGGAAUACCCCUACAAUCAGCUGCCAAAGUCCCGAUCAUGAUAACCUUUAACGUUGUUGAUCGUGAUGGUGACCACAAUGAUGUGAAACCUCAGGCUUGUAUUUUCAAGGUUGGAGAUGAUUGCCGUCAAGAUGUUCUUGCCCUUCAAGUGAUAUCUCUUCUUAGAGACAUAUUUCAAGCUGUUGGUCUUAAUCUAUAUCUUUUUCCAUAUGGAGUUCUCCCAACUGGUGCCGAGAGGGGCAUAAUUGAGGUCGUGCCUAAUACACGAAGCAGAAGUCAAAUGGGUGAAACAAACGACGGUGGUUUGUAUGAGAUUUUUCAACAGAACUUUGGACCCGUUGGCUCAACCACCUUUGAAACAGCACGAGAGAACUUCCUCAUAAGCAGUGCCGGGUAUGCUGUGGCUAGUCUUUUACUCCAGCCCAAAGAUAGACACAACGGAAAUCUCCUUUUUGACGACGUGGGAAGACUUGUCCACAUCGACUUUGGUUUCAUUUUGGAAACUUCACCUGGUGGAAACAUGCGGUUCGAGAGUGCUCAUUUCAAACUGAGCCACGAGAUGACUCAGUUGCUAGAUCCCUCAGGUGUAAUGAGAAGCAGAACAUGGCACCAGUUUGUGAGCUUGUGCGUCAAGGGAUACUUAGCUGCUCGGCGGCACAUGGACGGAAUCAUCAGCACUGUGCAGAUGAUGCUAGACAGUGGAUUGCCUUGUUUUAGCAGAGGAGACCCGAUUGGUAAUCUCAGGAAAAGAUUUCACCCAGAAAUGAGCGAACGCGAAGCUGCACACUUCAUGAUUCAUACAUGCACCGAUGCAUAUAACAAGUGGACUACUGCUGGAUACGACUUGAUUCAGUAUUUGCAACAAGGAGUCGAGAAGUAAAGGAAAAAAAUUGUUACAAGAAACCAAAGUUGUCUCCAUGUGAAAAGUCUUUCUUAUAAAUUGUGAAAGAUGCAUAUUCUUUUCUUCGUAAAUAGCUUCGAACCUCUGGCUACACAUUCUAACUCCUUCAAAAUCUCAUGUUUCUCUGCAGAAUCUGAGUAGAAUGUAACCUCUAUUAAGCAA